AUGUCUCGGAAUGAUAUGAUCAAGAAGCGAAUGGGACAGCUGGCGAAACUUCAUGACACCGGGGAAGGCAGACCUCUCGAAGAGCUCAAAAAGACAGAUGAAAUCUUGAAAGGGGUAGAGUCGCUGAGACUGAGAACCUUCUACUCAAGCAAUUGCAUGCAGCCACAGCGCGACCUCGACCCGUUCGGCCAGAUGUUGAUGCGGGGGGACAUUACUCUGGCCCAAUUCGACUUCCUAACUCGUACUGAGGAGAAAGUGCGCUCUGGAAUAGACUCGCAGGCGGCGAAGGCAGCUGUCUUGAAAGACCUAUAUGCACUGCGCUGGGGCCCGACCGUAGUGCCACUCUACAACCUGUUGGGCCUUCUUUCGCAGAUAAUUCCGGAACGCCGGGAGAAACACCUUGCACUUGCCAAGUUCUACAUUAGCGUCGGACUUCCAGUUGACGGACGCGACCUGUCGGGAACCACCGCUUUAUCCCAUUCCUUUUCCACGAAGCCGGGCUUCGACCUCGAGUACGCCCAGAUCCUGUGCGACGCAGGUGGAGAUGUCAACCACAGAAACCGAUACGGGGCUGCCGUAGCACAUGAGAUCGUCCAGGUGUACGACCCGCGUGAUCCUGCGGUCGUUCGUAAAACGACCAAGUCGCUCGAGUGGUUCCUGAGUCAUGGAGGUAGCGUGGACAUCGCGGACUCGGAUGGCAUGACUCCACGCUUCAUAUGUACCCGGUUGAAGGGUGUCAUCCCGGGGCUCUUAAAGCUUAUGGAGCAAGAGGACGAAAGGCGAAAGUUGAAAGGGGCAUCGGCAUGCACGUUGUGCGGGCGCGAGGACCAGAAGCUCCUUGCGUGCAGCAAGUGCAAGCAGGCGAGAGACUGCAGUCCUCAGCUCCGGGCGUGUCAGAAACUUGAUUGGCCGAAACAUAAGCUUAGUUUCAUGGACCCCAUGGGUCUCAGGUCGUUUGCUGUCCGCGGCAUCUGCAGAGUAGAUCAUUGCACACUCAGCGACUAUGAUCGAACCCAGUACGUGUUGGUUCACAGUGGCUCACUUACCCAUGAGUUCACCCAGAGUCGCCCGAUCGAGGUGUUCUCGAUCACGUCAAUUACGCUCAUGCCAGCAUGCCAGCCCAAGACUGCUCGUGUAAAACGGCCUCGAUUACUCGGUAUCGAACCCUAA